CAUCAAUAGGCACUAAAAUCACCCGCACAUCUUGCAAGCAUUGGCCAUACCGCACCCUAAAGCUGAUUUCGGUGUUAAUUUUUUGUCAUGCUUUCAACCUAAAUCUGCGUGAUAAACCAAACUUGCAACCCCAUUAAAUACUUGAUCUCGUGUUGUUACCGUGUCAAACAAGGCUAUUACGUUACAGCUUUCAUGUACAAAUAUCGCCUUCUCACUUCCAGCAACUUUGACCAAACAUUCGAAUGUUAAAUGUUUAAAACCAGCUAUCUAACUAUCUACAACACUGUAUAACUACAACAUUGCGACCUGAAUACGCAGACGUGUGUUAGCUAGUUUCAAGAUGAGUAGCUGUUUUCUGGAUGAGGAGACGUUCUGUCAGUGCUGUCAGCUUUUCCUCCAACACUCCCACUCCCUCUGUGACGGCUGGAGCUGGGAACAAGUGAAGGGUUCUGAGGAGGGCUACCUGAGGAAGACUGCACUGGGGACCGGCAGAACCAAAUAUAACCAGGACCAGCAAGGAACCAGUUCAGACCAGCACCAGGAGAGGACCUUCUCCCCCUCUUUCCAUAAUGAUGAUGGUGAUGAUGAAGAUGAUGGCGCAGUGUGUUGUAUACAGGAGGAGAGCAGUAGUAGCAGUGUCGUUCAGUAUGAAUACCAUAUCCUCUACUCCUGCAGCUACCAGACUCCUGUCCUCUACUUCAGAGCCUCAACCCUGGAGGGUAGGAGUUUGUGUCUCGAGGAGGUAUGGGACAGUGUUCAUCCUAACUACAGACAGAGACUACAGCACAGACCCUGGGACACCAUCACACAACAGGAACACCCGCUGCUAGGCCAGUCGUUCUUUGUGCUCCACCCCUGCAGGACAGAAGAGUUCAUGAAGCCUGUUCUCAAAGCUGCCCUGGAAGAACACCGACAGGUGAACUACAUUGUGACCUGGCUCAGUGUGGUGGGUCCUGUUGUGGGACUGGACGUUCCUCUGAGCUACUGUACACAGGUACCUGAACCCCCCACCUCUCCACAGCCCCCCUCCAGCUCUCCACAGCCCCCCUCCAGCUCUCCACAGCCCCCCUCCAGCUCUCCACAGCCCCCCUCCAGCUCCCCACAGCCCCCCUCCAGCUCUCCACAGCCCCCAGCCCUAGGGACAAAGCCAGGCUGAAUGGUUCUCCCAUCUAGCGUGGACAACACGUAAUGCCAAAGCAAAUUUCCAUUGGAGCCAGAUUUGACAUCAGCUUCAGAUAUGUUGAUGAGGUCUGUCCAGUGGGCAUGAGAUGGAGGAGAGGCAGCUGCUUUUCACAAUAAGUCUGUAGAGAGAACCGUUACAUGAAGCACUGCUGACACCUAGUGGUGAGAGAAACAUUACUCCAACUCUACAGGCCUGUCAGAACUGCCAAGUUGAAUAAGUCCAGGUGAUGGAUCUGAGAAGUGGGAGCGGGGUGACGUGUAGAUCUGGGACAGGGUCUACUAUGGGCGUCACUGCUGAUAUCUGUGAAAAGGUAAAACAGACACUUCUCCUUUUGUCAGAGCAGACCUGGUCUUAGGAGACUAGACAACCAUGGAGAAACAAAAGAGAUGUCUAUUCAUUUCUAUGGGAGCUACUCUAUCCUUGACAAAAUUGUUUUGGAAUAAGACAAAUGAAAGUCUAUUUUGUCCCUGGAUGGGGGACUGAAGAUGAAGUCAGAUGUAACUUAUGUUUCCAAUGACCUCAAACCUUUUCAGAACUCUCAUCACCUAACAUGUCCAACAAUCAUGUUGUAACUUUUUGAUUUCUUUGCAAUAAAGUCGAUGACAAACACACCGUU